CGUUACAGGCACAGAGAUGAUUAUGUUUCCACUAGCAAGUCAAAAAGAAAUUUAAGUAAAGCAAAGAAAGAAGGAAAUGGUCACAAAUGAUAAGUCUUUUCUCUUUUUGACCAGUUUCUGCUUGUUUGUUUUUUUUUUCUUUUAACAUCCACCAUCACAUGUAAUGCAAGCAUUUUUUGUUGUUAGGCUACAGUACAAUUGAUGGAAGUGAAGCACACAUAUAUAGAGGAAGAAGGUUGGCCUCUGGGUUUGCAGCCCCUGAAUAUGAGAGUUGGGUUACCUAGAAAUGGUGAUUUUUCUGGAUCAGUAUCAUUCAACACUUUACUCACUGGUUCUCCUACUUCCUCAACAGAUUCCUCUUCAUCAGAUUUAGACACUGAGUCUACAGGAUCUUUCUUCCAUGACAAGAGCAUUACACUUGGAAGCCUCAUCGGUGGUUCCAACAUAUUAGAACUUUCCAGGAAAUCAUCGAGGGUAAGGAAAGUAGAAGUAUUACGAGAUAAGAAGAGCAACAAAAAACCCAGAACAUGGCUUUUCUCUUUAUGUUCAAGAGACACAACUGAUGCUCGAAGUAUAGUAGAGAGCAGUAAUAUUAAUAACCCACCAUCUCUCGGCCACUUUCUUGCUGUGGAGAGAAAAGCAGCUAAUGGAAAUAGAAGAAAUCAAAGCCCUACUGCUGCUACUUAUGGACCUGAGGAAUUUUGCUUUGCUCACUCUAUAGCAGAACCUAAUUCAUUAUUUAUUAAUGGGCAUGUUGCUCCUCCUAGAGUGACUCCAUGGCAUGAGGAAGAUGAUCAAACAAGAAGAACUGGAGGGUUGGAACAUGGCAGUGGAAAUGGAGUUCCCCUCCUGUUUUCUUGCAUGUGUGGACAGCCUUCUUGAUGAUUAUAUUUCUUUGUUCUCUUUUCAAUUCAUUUGUGUUGUUUUAUUGAUGAUGAUUUAAUUUCAUGUUCCUCAGAUAAGAAAUUCAGAAAUAAACUUUCAAUUUUGAUGUGUUUUUAGGAGAAAAGCAAUCUGUUUUACAUCAAUGGCCUGUCAUAUGGUCCUGCAUUAGUGCAGAGGUAUUCUUUUGUGUAGUUAGUUUUGAGAUUUGAUUAGUAUGAUUUCCAUAUGUGAUUAAGAUUUCAA